AUGAGUCAAGACACCAAAAUAAUUAAACGAACUUAAUUUACACCUUAGGAGUCAGAUAUAAAAAAUAUCAUUCCAACCCAAGGGAAAUCAAAAGAAGAGAUGCGUAUCUUCCUUUUCGAGUUUUUUGGAAUGGCUUUGUUUGCUUAUGGGUAAAAUGGGCAUUUCUUAAUAUUAGAAUAAUAUGCUCACAAGGGUCAGAUGAGUUUUUGGCGUUGUUUUUCUUUGCCUCAGUGUGCUUGGCUGCUCCAUUUUCAGGAGCACACGUUAACCCUGCGGUUACUUUGGCAAUGCUACUUUCAAGAAGAAUAAAUUUCGGAUAGGCAGUGUUAUAUUGGUUGGCGUAAUUUACUGGGGCUUUAUGCGGGGCUUGCUGUUGUUAUUUGAUAUUGAAUGAGGUUGAUAGCCCAUAAGUGAAGAGCUAAGAAUACAGUUGGAUACUCUCAGAUGUGAGCGGCGAGGCAUUUGGAGCAUUCACCUUUAUUCUUUUUAUUCUAAUAUAAACAGACUCAGAAACAACAUUAACCCCAGGAGGCUAACCAAUGACAACCUAUGUUUUAGUAGCGUUGGCGUUGUACUUCUCGAGAGGAUUUACAUUUCAUUCUGGAGGUACAAAUAUAAGUUUAAAUCUACUAAAGGUUGUUUGAACCCUGGGAUGGCUGUGUCGUUGUAACUCUUUCAGUCAUUUUAAACGGGAGAUAGGUAGAGAAUGGAAUUUUUGUGGGUGUUUGUAGGUGGUCCAAUGGGAGGAGGUUUCGGUGCAAGUGUAUUUUUUGAACUCUUUUAUAAGAAAUAAAUAAAGAGACUGUGAAAUUAUAAAUAAUUUUAAUCAAAAUAAU